AUGACACUAGACGAAGCUAGAUUAAAAACGUAUGAAGAAAGGUUAAAGUUGAAGAAAAAGGAAAGCCUCGUGAACAAUCUAGAAGAACUCUUGUAUGCAAGUCAUGGACAACAUAUUGGAAAUAGUGGACGAGGGAGAUUCAGUUCGUCACGAGGCCGAGGGAGAAGCAAUUAUCAACAUAGGGGUGAAGGACACACCUCUUACCAGUCGGAAGGAACCGACAAACCACAAAGGAAUGAUAGCAAGCAAGAGACACCGACUAUCAGAGAUAAGUCAAAAAUCACUUGUAUAGAUUCAUGUGAUAUGAUGGUGGGGAAGUUAAUCAACACCGUUAGAGUUCGUGUUGUGACAAGUACACAAGAAAAGGUUCGUGUGAUACAAAUCAAGUGCGGUCAAGACAAGCGUGAAGCAAAAUAUUCGUGUGAAGCAAGUUCGUGUGAAGCGAGUUCGGGUGAAACAAGGUUCGUGAGGAGCAAGGGGAAUGAUGAUGUUACUCUUUAUGUGGGCAGAUGGGUGGUAGAUAAUAACUUGGACAAGUUUAAUUCUAGGCAAAAGAUCACCUACUGUUACUUCUCAGUUGCUUCAAUUCUUUCUUCUCCAGAACUAUCAGAUGCCCGGAUUGCAUGGACCAAAUCUUGCCUCCUUGUUACCGUUAUGGAUGACUUUAUUGAUGUUGAAGGCUCUGUGGAUGAAUUGGCGAACAUGAUUCAAUGGAGUGUAAAUGUUGACAAUGAUUGUUGUUCAGAGGAAGUUCACAUUCUCUUUUUAGCGAUAAAAGAUGUAGUGUCUUGGAUAGGCGACACCGGCUUUAAAUGGCAAGAACGAGACGUAACAAGUCAUGUUAUUCAAUGUUGGUUGAAUAUGAUGAAUAGUAUGCUAACCGAAGCUACAUGGGCGAGAGAUGGUACAGUGCCAACGAUGAACGAGUAUAUAGAAAAUGCUUUGGUAUCAUUCGCAUUGGGCACUGUAGUACUCCCUGCUCUUUACUUCAUUGGGCCAAAAUUGUCCGAGGAUGUUGUUCAAAGUCAUGAAUAUCGAAACUUAUAUAAGCUAAUGAGCACUCAUGGUCGCCUUCUCAAUGAUAUCAGGACCUUCAAGUUUUUACGGCAUAUCCAAAUAUAA